CCACCGCCAUCGCCAGCACCACCAGCGGUAGCGUCUGGGGGCAUGGGGCCAGCAGGAGGUGCGGGGCUGUCUGGGCUGACAUGGCCUGGAACGCCCUCCUCCGUGCCUCAACCAGCACCCCAUACCACGCACCCACAGCAGCAGCAGCAGCAGCAGCAGCAGGCGAGGAGGCCGCAGGCAGGAUAUCCUUCCUCGGCUACAGCUGCAGCGCUCGCGAGGGCUAGAACCCCCCCUGUUCCAGGUCCUGCCUCGACUGCUGCUACUGAUGCAAGUGCAGGGCUAGCGCCUAGGAGGACCCUCUCCCUGGCCGCUGCUGGUGCUGCAGCGGCAGCAGCAGCAGCAGCGGCGGCGGCACCAGCUGGGACAGCAGGGGGGAGUGGGGGCAGCGGCAGUGGGAGUGGUGUGCGGUGCAAGCAGACAGCGUCAGCAGGAACAGCCACCCAGCAAACCUCAGCAGGCAAUGCUGCUGCUGCUGCUGGUACUGCUACUGGUGGGGAAGUGGGAUCUGGGGCUGCUGCGACUGGUGCAGGUAGCACAGGAGCAGGAGCAGGGGGGAGUGCAGGGAGCCGGCCAAAGCUGUGGUGCAGCGAGGACGGGUACAAGUGCAAGGACUGCGGAAUGCGGUUCAACAACGCCCAGGCGCUGGGCGGACACAUGACUGCGCACACCAAGAGGCGCCGGUCCAACUUCUCAGGGUAUACCUUCAGUGAUGCUGCCUCCGCCCCCGCCUCCUCUUCUCUCAUGGCCGCCCCGACCUCCCUCACUCCGCCUCUCCUGCCCCUUCCUGGCGACUCAGCACGAGGAGCGGUGGCGGCUGGGGGAGCAGGAAGGGUGGGAGGUGGCAAAGGGUGUGGCGGGGCAGUGGCAGGAUUGACUCCACUUGUUGUUGCUGGUGCUGCUGGUGCUGCUGGUGCUGCUGGUGCUGCUGGUGGGGCGGGAGGGAGAGGCCAGGACGUGGGAGCGGCAGCAGUGAUGGCGGCUGCUAUGGCUGCGGCUGCAGCGUCAGGCGGGGGUGCAGCAGCCGCAGCAGCAGAGCCUGUGCUAAGCAGACUGCUGGGCCUAGGGUCACCUGGAGGGCUUCCAAGAAUGGCAGGGAGCGCGGCGAUGGUGGGAGGGGCUGGGGCAGCAGCAGCAGCAGCAGCAGGUGAUGGCCGCUCGCAAGCGCUGAACCAGCACAGCAUUGGGAGCAAUCGGGGAGAUGGAGCAAGGGAGAGUGCGUUAAGGAUGCAGGCCCAGGAGCAGCAGCAGCAGCAACAGCAGGUGCGGCAGGAGCAGUUAGGGGAGAAGAAAGGAGAAACCGGUGAGGAAGUGGAGUGGAACCCCAUGGCUGUCUACCACUCCCAACCCCAUCAGCCCCAUCGCAGUGUGAGCAUGGAAGCGCCCCUCCAUCGCUCCCUCUCCAUGCUAAACCCCUCUCUACGUGCCAUGGCAGUGCACACACCGCUCCUCUCCCCCCACUGCCCUAUGCGCCUACUGCCCCUGCGCCCUCCCUGCACAUCCCUUCUCUCCCCACCACUGCCCUUAUGCAGGCUCUGCAGCAGCAGCACGGUCCACGGGACACUUUCCCUGCUGCUGCUGAUGCAACUGCAGCCAUUGCUGCUGCUGCGGCAGCUGCUGCUUCUGCUGCUGCUGCUGGUAACUGGUCUUCCCCUUCGUUAGAAGCACUACAGCUUCAGCAUGGUCACAUGGCUCAGCAGCAGCAGCAGCAGCAGCAGCAGCAGCACCAGCAACUGUUACUCCAGCACCAGCAAUUGUUAAUCCAGCACCAGCGGCUGCUGCUCCAGCAGCAGCACCAGCACUCCACCCUCCCUGUGUUUGACCUCCAGGAUUCCCAGCCUGUAGGCUCGUCUAGUGUUCCCAUUUCGAAGGACUCUGUAGAGACAAUAGCUGUCCGCAGUGUAGCAGCAGCAGCAGCUGGCCCCUUGCCUGCGCCAGCUACUGGUGCAGCGCCACCUGCCGGCCAGCAGGAGCAGGGGCGAGAUGACAUGGAUCUAGGCUUCGGCCUGAACCUUAACCUUUCACUGUGACACCUAGUCCUUGGUAUACUUGUAGCCUGCCUAGGUAUGUUAAAUUAUAUAUAUGUUAUAUAAUUGGUAGGCUUGGUAGGUGUUACUGAAACCUACUGUAGA